AGCGUGUUGUUGUUGUAGUUGUUGGGUUCGUCCGCAGCGGCGUGAUCUGUGUUUUGCCCAUUGGAGCAAAACGGCGAAAUUUCCGGAGUAAGAUUUUGCACCGCCUGACGACGGGCCAGCAUGCACCGAAGGCCGCCUAUGCGCAGUUACAAGUAGUGUACCGAAUGCCCAUCUGCGCCCGAUGAGGCUGCUGUCGCCCUCUCUUGCUUUGCGAGCGUGAGCAAUGACGUGAGUCACGCCGGAUAUAUACGCUCCUAUCACUCUUAUCGCUAUCUUCGUUGCCGGGGCCAAGCGCAUCUUGGCGAACAGCUGAUACGCUUGGGCGGCAGUCAACACCCAUGGACUGUCUGACAGACGCCUUACUACUGUGCCAAGAUUCGGAGGCACUUGUGACAGAGCCGAGAGUCGAAAUGGACAGCGAUGGUUCCGGAGAGCCGCCGCAGGAAAAGGCCGCUCGCUUUUACGUCGACAAUCGCGUCCAGUACAUCCGCGGGUUCCUCGCCUCCAAAGGCGUCGACUUCGACAGACCCUGCACCUACGACAGCGACGGCGAUUGCUGGCUGUCGGGAGCACUGCCGCCGUGGAACAAGAUACUCUCAGCGGUGUGCCUCGAGCUCAUCGAGCUUCGACCGGCCACGCUCUGUCUCCGCUCCAUUGACGUGGACUCCAGAGGCAACAUAAGUGUGGAAGCGCUGAACUACGGCGGGUAUCUCUUCACGUGGCUACCCAAACAGCACGCCUGUGUGCAGUCGAUAUGCCUAGUUGAAAGCCUGCUGUUCAAAAAGCCGGCGUUCGCGCUCAAGCUAGCGCUCGGAUCGAGCGCCCGCUUGCGUCAUCUCACUCUCAAGGGCGGCCACUGGACGCCUUUCAGCGAGCGAGACCUGUCCGACGGCAUGGCGGCGCUGAAGACGCUCGAGACCUUCGAGUUCCUCAAGCUGGACAUCACUUCCCGCAGCCUAGCACACGAUAUCGCCGCCCUCCUGCGGGAAAACGGGAGACACCUCCUCAAAGUGCGCUUCGAGCGCAAUGACCUCUCGCAGUGUAGCACAGCCGUCAUUCUCAAAGCGCUCCUCAAGUGUCAGGUUCUCUCUGAACUCUCGUUCGACCACAACAACCUGAACAAGGACAAUGUCGAGGCGCUGGCCGCGGUCGUACGUUCCCUCCGGAACCUGAAGAAGCUGACCCUUCACUACAGCAUGUCGGAAGGUGGACCCUCCGGCCCCAUUGCAAAGGCCCUAGAGAGCAACACAUCACUCGAGGAGCUAAGCUUGAAAGCCUGCCAUAUUCCGUUUGAAUUGCUCUUCGAGGCUCUGCAGACCAACACAACGUUGAAGGUGUUGGACAUGGACUCUUGCCCAAUGACCUGCAGCGAAGUGAGGCACCUUGUCAGAGCCCUGACAUUCAACAAAGGCCUGCGGACAGUACUGCUGCCACGCUGCCACCUGGGAGACGAGGGCACAUUGGAACUUGCCAAUGCGAUGGCUAAAAACGACACGCUCGAAAAACUCAACCUGUUAUAUAACGGGUGUGGUGCUCGGGCUGUCAUGGCUUUCUGCCAGUCUCUGAUGAAUAAUCGCAGCCUAAGGAGCGUCAGCUUUGGACUAACCUCAUUGUCGGAUCAGGAGAGGAGGGAGCUGUCUUAUCAACUGAGCCAAAAAGAGUGCUAUGGUCUCAUUGCGCUGCCGUGGGUGGAUGCUGACCUGACUCCCUUGACGAUAGCGCUGACGGCGGAUGCUCAGUCUCUCCGAGAACUUGACCUCGGUGAUGUGGACAACUUCUCCUGCUCUCUCUUGUGCUCACUUUUUGACGCUCUCGCCAGCAACACCGUGGUCAGAACCCUGAAGUUGGAGGCACGGCACUACGAUUGUCGUCUGGGGGAAGCUCUGCGCAACGCGUUGAUCUCCAAUCGGUCCAUCAAGAGCCUGGAAUUGGAACUGGGCAUGAAUUCUUUUCAAGGCACCUUCGAUUGCGAUGUAUGCAAAGCCCUCCUUGUCAACGUAACAGUGGUCAAGCUGACCCUAUUUGCAAAUGGAAUUGGACUUCGCCCUUCGAAGUUGUUUGCCCAAAUGCUCAGUCAGAACAGGACUCUGACGUCGAUUACACUUUACUCCAGGCGUUUGCAAGCAAAGCGAGUGGAGAUGAUAUCUCGGGGACUGGUCGAGAACAACGUUGUGACGUCUUUCGUGACCAUGUCCUUGCCGAGGAAUCGUGCCGCGUUCCGUAUUCGGGAGGCGAUUGGACGAAACAUUGGCUUGCUCAACAGGGCGGCGAAGUUUGUGAUGCGGACCACGCUGACGAAGCGCUCUGCCCAGGCGUUUGACACGUUGCGUGUAGCUCCUUCGUUCAUGUCGCAGCUUUCCGAGGUCACUGGAAAGUCUGAGCAAGAAACCCUGGCAGCCGUUGAAGCAGCAGACAGAUACAUACGUUCGCACUACCUCUACCUCACUGGUGUCGUCAAGUUUUCAGUGAAGUGCUACCCGAGCACGCAAACACAGGUGGAUGCACUGAACGAUUACUGCUGGCAAGCGAUCGCACAGUUCCUUAAGGUUUCCGACGUGCGUGAUGAAUUAUAAUCUUGGAGUGCUACCUUCUCGUGCUUGGUAUUUUUCUGGUACUGUGUAUGUACGCUGUUACUCCCAUACGUUGAGUUUACGCACAACUGCAAGUGUGGUUUUUGGAAAACCUGACAUCAGAAACGUUUUUGUAUGAUGUACAGUGCCAGUUCCUCAAGUUAUCCAGAGUGCUUGAAGAACAAUACUGCUAUACGAAUACAAUAUUUGUGUUUUGAAUUAUUUGUACAAAUGAGACACAUGUCUGUCAUUUGUGUUGUUUCCUGUGCUGCUCAAGCCACUCGGAAUUGAGCUAACUAGCUGGGCUUAUAAGCUUUGUUACAGUAAAGUAAGCUUUUUUGAAAUGCUUAUUUUAACAUGUACCUGAAAAUUCCUUUUAAGAAAUUCUAUAAUGCAAUUUAUUUUUCAUUAGAGACACUAUGUAAUCUUCCCAUUGUGCCUUCACUUUUGUCUGUACCAAUACUUCCCUAUAAAAUGUUUUCCCAAAUGUUCUCUUCAUGAUGUGGCCACUCUGGUUUGGCAGUGACAUUUGGCUGUUGCUAAAUGUCGUUUCAGUCUCCUGUCCCAGAUAUAUGACAGCAACAUUUGAAAGAAGAUUAUGGUGGAAAAACAAAAAGCGCAUUCACACACAGGGUCAACUGAAGUUCCAGGCAUGGGGUGUAAUCUCACAUAAUCCAGAUGAUUAACUCUAGACAGGGGCAACCUGAAGCUUAGCCAUCAGUCUGAAAAAAAAAAUUGCUGGAAUGGCAAUUAUUGCUCAAGAGUGAAGCCGUGCCCACCAAGAGAUGGCGGCUGCGGCCGCCAUCUUAGUAGGGGCAUGAUAAACAAUCGGCGUUUUGCGAAAGGGAGCGCUUCCUUUGCACGCCCGGCGGCUAGGUGGCGUGAGCCGCCGCCCGAUCUUACCUGAUCUAAAGGGUACAGCCUUAUGUACAGAAAGCAAUUUUCUGCGCAGCUUUGUUUUUGACAUGAGGUAUCCUUGACAUGUGUUUCCUCCUCUUUUCUUCUCCCCCUCUUUCGUUUUAUUUGGGACGUGUGAUAAAAAGUGCAUAUAUAUGCAGCGACCAAAUGAAUAAAGCCAGUUGAUAGUUUGCACUCUU